GAAUCCUCCAUUAGACUACCAUCAGAUUUGCCUUGAGAUUAUUCUAGUCCCGUCCGUAGGGCACAACAAUCUCAUUGUCCUCGUGCGAGAGAGGCCACUUCCAUCGCCGAGAUGAAGUUCUACAUUGAUGACCUUCCGGUUAUCUUCCCCUAUCCCUAUGCCUAUCCUGAGCAGGUGGCCAUGAUGAACGACCUCAAGCGCACGCUCGAUGCAAAUGGCAAGGCUGUCAUCGAAUCGCCUUCUGGGACGGGAAAGACGGUCUCCCUCCUGAGUCUCAUUGUCAGUUACCAAAUGCACUAUCCUGCCGCAAGGAAGCUCAUCUACUGCACCCGUACUGUGCCAGAGAUCGAAAAGGUACUUGCUGAGCUGAAGCGUUUGAUGGAGUACAGGGCGAGGUACAACGUCUCGGAGGAAAUGAAGAAGGAUGGUAGUGGCGAAGAGCUACAACUUCCCCUGCCGAAAGGCCAAGGCGAGGCGGAAGAUAUCCUCGCCUUCGGUCUGUCCUCGAGGAAGAACCUCUGCAUCCAUCCCAGCGUAGGGAGGGAAAGACGGGGCAACGUAGUAGAUGCCCGGUGUAGAGACAUGACCAGCGCCUGGGCUUGUGAAAAGGGUAGAGCCGAGCCUGGCAGUGUCGAGCUGUGCGACUUCCACGAGAAGCUGGGCCAACUCGAGCCGGGCCAUCUGCUCCCUCACGGAGUAUGGACUCUGGAGGACGUCAAGGACUAUUCGAAGGAGCAAGGCAUCUGUCCCUACUUUGCCAUCCGAAGGAUGCUGCCCUUCGUCAACAUCAUCGUCUAUUCUUUUCACUAUCUCCUCGACCCCAAGAUCGCUGAGCAGGUCAGCAAGGAGAUGUCCAAAGAUUCAAUCGUCGUCUUCGAUGAGGCCCACAACAUCGACAAUGUCUGCAUCGAAUCGCUCUCAAUAGACUUGACACGACCUAUGCUCGACAGUGCAUACCGCUCAGUGGAUCAAUUAGCAGAGAGAGUAGAGCACGUCAAGGCGACUGACGCUACCAAGCUACAAGAUGAAUACGCCAAGCUGGUCGAGGGACUUCAACAGAACGAAGACAAUCGAGAAGCAGAGACCUUCAUGGCCAAUCCUAUCCUGCCAGAUGAUCUGCUGUCUGAAGCAGUCCCGGGGAACAUCCGAAGGGCGGAGCAUUUCGUUGCUUUCCUGAAACGCUUCGUCGAGUACCUCAAGACGAGAAUGAGAGUCUUGCACGUCGUCGCCGAAACUCCGGCCAGCUUCUUGCAGCAUCUAAAGGACAUCACAUACAUCGAACGAAAGCCGUUGCGCUUCUGUGCGGAGCGACUGCGCAUGCUUGUCUCCACGCUCGAACUUACCCGGAUAGACGAGUUCGCUGCUCUGCAGAAGGUUGCCGCCUUCGCCACACUGGUGGCCACCUAUGACAAAGGUUUUCUGCUCAUUCUAGAACCAUUCGAGACUGAGAAUGCAACCGUACCGAACCCAAUCUUCCAUUUUACCUGCCUCGAUGCAAGUCUGGCAAUUGCGCCAGUAUUCGAGAGGUUUUCCUCGGUUAUCAUCACCAGUGGUACCAUCAGUCCUCUGGACAUGUACCCAAAGAUGCUCAAAUUCGACCCCGUUGUCCAAGAGUCGUAUCCCAUGACGCUCACUCGGCAGUGUUUUCUGCCCAUGGUUAUUACUCGGGGAUCAGACCAGAUUGCGAUCAGCUCCAGGUUCGAAGUGAGAAACGAUCCGUCGGUAGUCCGCAAUUACGGCUCUAUCCUUAUCGAUUACGCCAAGUGCAUCCCCGACGGCAUCGUCGCCUUCUUUCCCUCUUACCUCUAUAUGGAGUCAAUCGUGUCUGCUUGGCAUGACAUGGGCAUCCUUGAGGAGGUCUGGAAAUACAAGCUCGUCUUCAUCGAGACACCAGAUGCGCCCGAGACCUCUGUCGCUCUGGAGAACUAUAGGCGAGCUUGCGACAAUGGUCGAGGAGCCAUCCUGCUGUCUGUCGCUCGAGGCAAGGUCUCGGAAGGGAUUGAUUUCGAUCACAACUACGGAAGAGCCGUCAUCAUGUUCGGUGUACCCUAUCAGUACACCGAGUCUCGUAUUCUCAAAGCUCGCCUUGAGUUCCUGCGAGACAACUUCAGGAUCAGGGAGAAUGACUUCCUGACCUUUGACGCUAUGCGACACGCGGCUCAGUGUGUGGGACGUGUAUUGCGAGGAAAGAGCGAUUACGGUCUGAUGAUCUUUGCCGACAAGCGCUUUGCGAGGGCGGACAAGCGCGCCAAGUUGCCAAAGUGGAUCGCACAACAGAUCACAGACACCCACUCGAACCUGUCCACCGACAUGGCCAUUGUGGAGAGCAAGCUCUUCAUCAGGAGGAUGGCUCAGCCGUACACAGAGAGCAAGAAUGGGGUUUCUCUGUGGUCAGUAGAGGAUAUCGAGCAAAGGCAGCAGCGCGAGCAAGAGCACUUUGAGAAGCUCAUGGCCGCGGAUGGAAUGGACGUCUUCGACGGUGGUGAUCUGAUCGAAUUCGACGAUCCGGAGACGACAGCUGCUAUGGAGGUGCACGAGAAGGAGCUAGAGUCGAGGGGGAAUGAAGUUAGGCGGAUCGAGGAGCUGGGGGACGAGGAUGAUCUAGAAGAUGAAUUUGAUCAGGCUUUCGGCAAUGGUGGGGGAGAAGCUGCUGCUAUGGAGCUUGAUCUCUGAGAAGACCGAGCAGCAGCGCACGCAUUGAAGGAUUGCUUUGCAAACUUGUACCAUCAGCACGGGUGUCAUCGCCUCCAUGUAAUAUACACAUAGUGACAGUAUCAUCA